CACACACUUUGCAUUUCGAGACAAGUGACACAAACGAGCGCGCGCUUGUGUUUUUGCACCCGGCUUAGAUUAUUUAUAAAACCAUCAUUUCUGUUACUGGUUCGGCUAAAAGUAAAACAUGUCCUGCCGCAGAAACGUCCUACGAACUGCGCUGAACAGCGUCUUCAGAAGACCACCGGAGAGCCCGCUGGCGCAUUUCCGUGCCGCGGACCGCGAGCAGGUCGGGGUGGAGACCCAGGUCGACUUUGAGCAAACUAAAGAGGCCUUCAAGAGCAAAAGCACCGCGGAGCUGCUCAGAGGGCUGGUGGUCUUCAAACUGUGCUCCUAUGACUUCUUGGUGGAUAAAAAUAAAGAGAUAAUGGGCCUGACUAAGAAGCUGCUGGGUCAGACUGGGUUUGAGAAGUUGAUGAAAAUGACGUUCUACGGUCAGUUCGUGGCUGGAGAGGACAUCCAGACCAUCAAACCCCUGAUUCAGAAGAACAACGCUUUCGGAGUAGGAUCCGUGCUAGACUACAGUGUAGAAGAAGACUUCACAAAAGAAGUGGCUGAAUCAAAAGAAAUGGAAUCAUGUGUGUCAGCAUCAGAAAAAGAAAAUCCCGGAGAGGAUCACCGGGAAAAGAAGUACACCGCCCAUCGGAAGUUUGGUGAUCGCAGGGACCGUGUGACGAGCGCUCGGACAUAUUUCUACGCCGACGAAGCCAAAUGUGACCAGCACAUGGAAACAUUUCUUCAGUGCAUCAAGGCGUCAGGUGAAAGUUCUGAUAAUGGUUUCUCCGCCAUUAAGAUGACUGCCCUAGGACGCCCACAAUUUCUGAUGCAAUUUUCUGAGGUGCUGGUGAAAUGGAAAAACUUUUUCAGAUACCUGGCAGAGCAUUUGGGGGAAAAUGGCCAAGAUGUGCUAAAGCAGAAACUGGACCUCGAGAAGCUGCAGACAUUUAUGACAGAGAUAGGAGCCACAGGGAACAUUUGUAACUGGUUGAUGAACUAUAAGCAGUGCUCCUCAGGCAGCGUCGGCAUUCUGGACUGGAACAAUCUGAUCGACGAGAGGACCAAGAUAUCCGAUCUUCUUGUGGUGCCCAAUAUUGAGAAAUGCUACCUGGAGCCUUUGCUGAAGAAAUUCACUAAUGAAGAGGAAAACCAGAUGAAGAGGAUGCUUCAGAGACUCGAUGUACUUGCAAAACAUGCAGUGGAGAACAAUGUCCGGCUGCUGAUGGAUGCAGAACAAACGUAUUUCCAACCCUCGAUCAGCCGCCUGACUUUGGAGAUGCAGCGUAUAUUUAACAAAGACAAACCGGUCGUCUUUAACACCUUCCAGUGCUAUUUGAAGGAAGCAUAUGAGAAUGUGUGCAUAGACGUCGAGCUGUCAAAGAGAGAAGACUGGUGUUUAGGAGCUAAGCUUGUACGUGGGGCGUACAUGCACCAGGAGAGGAGCCGAGCUCAGGAGAUCGGCUACGAGGAUCCCAUCAACCCAGAUUAUGAAGCCACAACCCGGAUGUACCACAGGUGUUUGGACUACUUACUGGAGGAGAUCAACAGUAACAGGAAAGCCAACAUCAUGGUGGCGUCACACAACCUAGAUACUGUAAAAUACACAAUACAGAGGAUGAACGAAAUUAACCUUGCACCAGCGGACAAUAAGGUGUCUUUCGGGCAGCUGCUCGGGAUGUGUGACCAGAUCAGCUUUCCAUUAGGUCAGGCAGGCUUCCCAGUGUACAAGUACGUACCAUACGGGCCGGUGAACGAGGUGAUGCCAUACCUGUCUCGACGUGCUGAGGAGAACCGAGGCAUAAUGAAGGGAGCCCAGAUGGACCGAGCUCUACUAUGGAAAGAGCUAAAACGCAGACUCAGGAGGGGAGAACUUCUCGCCACCUCUGUGUAAAAGACACCAACACACUGUGGUUUAUUCGGGAUAUUUUCUUCCGUCUUUGCUUUUUUUUUUUUCUAAGUUAGACACCUACACAGUUACUGAAUAAACUUCAACAUCUCGGGGGGUUUAGACACGUCUGUUCUCUUUUUUUUUUCACCUCCUCUCCGUCCUUCCUUAUUUUAUUUAUUUAUUUUUUUACAGAGAAGCAGAAAUUCUGUCUAAGAUUAAAACAAAACUUUACAAAUAGAGAUGAAAUCACUUCCUGGUUAAUAUAUUUUGCUUUAAUCCCACUGUUCUGUUGUUGAUGUUGUCAGGCUGUAUUUAAAAUGUGCUGUUGGAGAAUUACACACGGUCACUGAAACAAUGUCAAUAAUUAUAUUUUGUUAUUUAUAAAAUGUUGACAUACAGUAGAUUUUAUUUAUUGAUAGUUACAUUGUAGGUCGUGGAACAUCCGUGAUACGAGUUUCAUCAUUUGGAUCAAAAAACAGAUUUUCUGCUGAAAACGUCACAAUGUAGUUAUAUAGUAACAAUAAUAUUGGCACAUUAGAUAUACCUGUGAUUUUAUUCAAAGCUGAGAUUUGUCUUUUAAGUGUUUUUUUGGUUUUCUUUGGCCAAAACAUACAAGUUCAAGUGCAAAAGAAUUGUAGCAAAAAUGAUUGUAUUUAUUGUAUUUACUGUAUUUUCAAUUCUAUCGGAGACACCCCCACACACACACCAAUGUACACUUCUCAGUCAUUCAAUCUUCCCAUCUUCCCUCGAAUGAGUUCUUGUUCUUCCCAUCCUUCCCAACCUAAUUCUCUCCGACUUUCCUACCUCGAUCCUCUUCCCUCCUCGUCCGUGCCUCAUUACUCUUCCCUGCACAGCUCCUUCUCCCUCAUCCAUCUCUCCGGCACCUUUAUGACGCUGAGAGGGCUUCCUAAAAUGUCAGAGCGCUCCAACGAGUUUUGCAGCUAACUUUUAUAUGCUGCCAUCAUUCAUCAAGUGCGACAACAAUAAUACAAAAUAAUAAAAAGAAAUCGGCAGCGAGAACGCCCGUCGAUAUUUUGCUGAUAAUGGUAUUUUUAAUUCAAGGGUAACUACGUAUUAGGGUUCAGUACUGCACUGAUGCACAUUACAGGCCAAAGGCUUAGAAGUAUUUUACUAUUAAGGUGCUUUUUGGUGUUCGGUAACCUUCUCUUUUGCACUACUGAUUGUAUAGAAAAAAUCAUGAACAUAAGUAUAUCUGCUUUUUCUGUAUAUCAUAUGUAUGAGUUGUACGUAUAAGGUGUGAGCAGGCUAAUGAUUCCUUCAUUUUAAACACACUGAUGUAGCAGAUGUUCAAUUCAUACUGUUGUAUUUUUUGUUAUCACUCCAUAACAUUUGCUCACUAGUUUUCACUCGUCAAAUGGACUUAUGAAUGACAUGUUGAUUUGUGCUUUUUUUACGACUAUAAUAAUACACACCGUGAACAUUUUUUGGAAUGAUAAGGAAUAAGGACAUGCCUUGUAUAGUGAGACUGACCUUUGUAGAAGCCUGUCCCCUUUUACUGAUUGUUAGAGACCACACCCCCUUUUCUGAGACUGACCCAGAGGCAACACCUCUGUUUUUGAGACUGAGGUAGCUAAACAGGCCAUGCCUCCUUCACUGAAUUUCGACUGAAAAGGAGAGAAGCUACACUGGACAAAAUGCCUUCAAGGCCUCUCUUGCUGUGACUGAAAGUCAGAGAGGAUACACAUGGAAAGGUAUAUAGGCCACGCCUCUUUCACUGACACAAGCAGACAGACCACGCCUCCUCCACAAGUAGUGACCUCUUUAUUGUGAUCUACAGUUUCAAUGCCUCUUUAUGUCUUUCCAAUCACUGGAAAUUUAACACCACUGUUAAAGAGAUUCUCUUAAUAAAAUACUUUUUAAAUCGUGA